AUGAACACCAGCAACCCAAAACUUGCCCCGAUAUCCCGCCAGCUCCGUGGCUUAGGACAUCGAGCAUGGAAAGUGCUGCGUGUGAACUGGCACCUAGGUGUGACCGCUUUCGGAGGUCCCCCCGUUCACUUUCGAAUCUUCAACGAAAAGUUCGUCAAAAAGACAGAAUGGAUCGACGACCAAGUCUUUCAGGAGCUGUUCAGCAUCUCCCAGUCGCUCUCUGGGCCCGCCAGCACCAAGAUGCUGUACUGCAUCAACCUGAUCCACGGAGGCUUCAUGGCAGCCGUGGCCAGCUUCCUGAUUUGGAGCCUGCCCGGUGCCCUUGGCAUGUAUGGGCUCUCCAUCGGCGUUGCCAGCAUCAACGAGACACUGCCGCGCCCGGUUUACGCCCUGCUGUCCGGUCUCAACGCAGCUACCGUUGGCGUGAUUGCCCUGGCCGCAGUCGAACUGUCCAACAAGGCUAUUACCGACAAGCUCACGCGCGUGGUCGUCUUUGUCAGCGGCGCGGCGGGGAUGCUGUACAAUGCCCUGUGGUAUUUCCCCGUGUUGAUGGUAGUUUCGGGCUUUGCAACGCUCAUCUAUGACUACCGCUGGCUUCAACGGCCGCUCCGGGCUUUGAUCAAGUCUACCCAGCGCUUGACAAUGCCAUGGUCUUCCCACAUCCGUGGCGUACAAGAUCCGCGGUCGGUCAAUGUGGCAUCCCACCGAUCGGAUAACUCCGAAUCCCCAACAAGCCGGCCUCCAUCCAUCCCCGUCUCCGAGCUCCCCGUCCACGCAGCUGAGGCUGAUGCCCAUCCGGAACCACACAACCUCAACCAACCUCACUCAACCUCCGAAUCCGAACCGCGCGUCAUACCCCGCGAGUACAGGCUCUCUACCUCCUGGAAAUCCGGCACGGCCGUGAUCGCCACCUUCUUUCUCAGCUUCAUAGCCAUCAUGGUCGUGCGCAGCACCGGCUUCGCCUCCUCUUCGCCCGGAGAACCGCCGCCCUUACUCUACCGGCUGUUUGCCAACAUGUACCUGGCUGGUACAAUCAUCUUUGGCGGUGGCCCCGUGGUGGUCCCGCUGCUGCGCGAGUACGUCGUCGCCGAGGGCUGGGUCAGCCCCCGCGACUUUCUGAUUGGCCUCGCGCUGAUCCAGGCGUUUCCCGGGCCCAACUUCAACUUUGCUGUCUUUUUGGGGAGUCUUACGGCUGUUAAUAAUGGGUAUCCCUCGGUUGUUGGUGCGUUGAUUGCGUGGGUGGGGAUCUUUAGUCCCGGUUUGGUGCUGGUCCAUGGGACGAUGGGCAUUUGGAGCGCUGCGAGGAGCAGAAGGUGGGUUAAGAGUUUGUUGAGAGGGGUCAACGCCGGUGCGGUGGGAUUGAUAUAUACGGCGGUGUACAGGAUAUUUGGGGUGGGAUAUAUUGACGAGGGGUUUCAAGCUGGAAGGAGUUUAGGGGAUGAUCCGUGGUGGGUUGUCAUUGUGGCCACGAGCUUUGUUGGGGGGCGGUUCUUUGGCAUCAACGCGCCCAUGGCGAUCUUGAUGGGGGCUGCUUUGGGGUUGAUCAGAUAUGGUGUUGUCUCGGCAUGA